GGCGAAAUUACGUUUGGAAUCCGAGAGCCGUCGCCAGUAUACUCGACUGACGCUAGCUAUGCUCUCGCAAUUUCUGCCUCAAUCGAAGCCGUUCGAAGGCCCAUCGAAGUGGAAACUACAAUUGCUUUCACAGCUCGGAGUCUGUUUGCAAAACUGCCAGGAUUAUUUACAGGCCGAUGAGCUACCUGGCCUUGGAGCUUUGCAUGGGCCCGGCAACAAGAUUGCACACUUCUAUCAUAAGGAAGGUUACAAAAGUCCUGCAUCACAGAUCUACUCUAGAUGUCUAUCCUGGAGAGAGAAGGACUAUCCCGGCACUGAUGAGGCCACUCUGAGCUUGAUCAUCCAUCUAUCGACCGCGUAUCACAGGUCUGUGCCGAAGGAGUUCGAUGCUACAGUAAAACUUGCAGAUCGAGCUCUCGCUGCUUCCAAGUUACUACCACCUGAACAUAUGCUUCGAGGGCUUACUCUCGUCCGCGUCGCCAGGGUUAGGCGAGAACAAGGGUCGCUUACAAUAGCUAUCGAAAACUUAGAGGAAGGCAUGGCGAUAUUGAAAAAGAGCCUUGGGGUGGAGCAUCACGCUAUGCUCAGUAAUUUUUACCGAUUAGAUUCCAAAUUUUUUCACUACGAGCUAAUUGAUCAUUUCCACACGAUUCUCGGUCUGCUUCCAUCGGCAGGCAUAGAGUGGUGCUGCGGUUAAUUACGGAUGAGCAAACCGCCUAGCAUUCAAGACAGAAACUAUGGUCGCACACUCACUACUCAUGCAAGACAAGUGUGCCAAAGCGGAACCGUUGCUAAUUCAACUCGCUGCCCGCAGAACUGAGAGACUUAGCAUCUCUAGCCGAGA